UAUAGCGCACUGCGUGUACCGGCCGGAAGGUGCCCUGGGAGCGGGAUACGUUGAUCCGGCGUACCGAAAACGCGGCUUCUACCAGUUGGUGCUGAAAGCGCUGCUGCGGACACUGCGAGACAUGGGCGAGAUCAAUGUGCAAAAUGUUAGUCCUAAUGAAAGAGCAGCUGAUCGAAAUUCUCCCCACGCUAGAAGCGGAUUUCCCGCGCAGUCUGUCGAUUUAUCACAUGAUACGCAACACUGUCCGCGGAAAAUUCGCCUGGCCCGGAAUAGAAUUCGUGGUCGACGCUUUUCCGGAUUUCGCCGUGUGUAUCUGCCGACCGCGGAACGACCGGAAAGAUUACGUUCCGCUGAAGAACGGCUACGACGUACUGAUAUAUUCUAAAGAUGCCAGUGUGCUGAGGAAAAUGCUCUACGGAUGCCCAGAUACGCUGGACUGGACCAAUGACAUCCUUUUCGAAGAUAUUACGGAACCCGAGCAUCUUGUCCUCUUAGAAGACGGACAAGGUUUUCAUGGUGGUCGCUUUGACCAUCUCGUUGUCCAAGAAGGGUUCCCGCCGGGAAAAAUAGCUUACGCUCUGGACUUGCCGAAUCUCGAUUUAGAACACUCGGUCCCGCCCGGUUUUUGCCUGGGGAGCUUGGGCGUCGAGCACGUGACCAAGAUUGCCCGCGAGCGCAGUUACGGUAACACGGAGAACAACGAGAAAAGUCUCCGCUACAUGAUUGAGCAGGGCUUCCCGAACGCGGCGCUCUUCGUCCAAGGGACAACUGAGCCGUUAGCGUACUGCUUGUACCGAUCGGAAGGAAUUCUGGCAACGGGAUACGUUAAUCCGGCGUACCGGCAACGUGGAUUCUACCAGCUGGUCCUGAAAGCGUUGAUGCGGAAGCUGCGGGACCUGGGCGAGAUCAGCGUGUGGGUGAUGACGAUGCAGUUUAAUGUCACCUCACAGAAGAGUUUGACGGCCGUUGGUGGGAAGGAGUUUAAAGGGAAGAUCAUGCAUGCGAUAACUUAUACGUCUGCUAACAACUUAACUUCAUCGUAAUGCCAGUUUAGUUCCUGCCGUGCCGUUGCUUGUUAAUGAGAGUUUGAAAACCGGCAGAAAUCGAAAAACAUUAAAAAAU